AUGAAAAGCGCGAUCUUAAUCACAGGUGCGUCGCGAGGCUUCGGCCGGUACCUUGCGCUCGACUUUGUGAGUCAACUCAAGGCGCAAAGUGUUGAUUUGCACCUAUGGGCUCGCGAUGAGUCCGGUCUGAAGGAGACGGAGCGCUUGGCCCUAGAAAUGUGGGAAAAAGAAGGCUCUGAGGGCAAGUUGCUUUGCUUUUCACAGUCAGUAGACUUAAGCAAUUCGGGGGAAUACACAAGUAAGGUGGAAGAUUUAAUGCGACAGCUGGAAAAGCAGAGAUACGAUCGUGUCUUCCUUGUACACAACGCGGGAUCGUUAGGGAAGCUAGGAUUAGCACAAGAGGUUAUGAGCUCUGCGACAGAGUUGACACCAUACUGGGAACUAAACGUCACAUCGGUGAUGUGGCUUAACAAUUGUUUCCUACGUGCCUUUGGAGCGUCAAGGGAGGAACUGAGCAGUCCGACUUUUGCUAGUGACAAGGUCACACAGCUUGUAAUUGUUAACAUUACGUCGUUGUGUAGCAUUAAACCAUUUAAGACGCACAUGUUAUAUUGCACGGGCAAAGCGGCGCGCGAGAUGCAUCACCGAGUGAUCGCUACGGAGCAAGCCGCGGGCAACAAGGUGCAGGUGUUACAGUACUCUCCCGGACCGAUGGACACAGAAAUGCAAAGGACUAUUCGUGAAUCUCCCAAUGUUGACACUGAACUACAAACCAAAUUUCGCGAAAUGAAGGCCAAUGGAGAACUUGUACCAACUGCACAAUCGUCAUUGCGUUGCGUGAAGCUCGCUAUCAACGGAAAUUUUGAGUCUGGGGCCCACGUUGACUACUGUGAUCAUAAAGUAUUAAGCCGUUUUGAUUCUGCGAAGAACUAG